UGUUUUCCCAUUUUGUUUAUUUUUUGGCUCAGACCUCAUUCUCAGACACACACAUACACACAUGGCUCGCUCCAACAACGCGUCCGCUUCGUCCUCUGCCAGCGCAACCCCGCGCUCCACGUCGCCCACCCGCGCUUCAGCCGCUGGUACUGCUGCUGCUGCUGCUGCUGGCUCGUCUGCCACCACAGCCGCGACAUCGCCAGCGCCGUCCGCAGUCAUUGCUGGCCCUGGCUUUGGCAUUGCCGUGGGCUCGUCGAACGCAUGCGUCGCUGCCAGCCGCAACGAGAUCAACACAACCACCGGCCGCCCCAACGUCGACGUCAUUGCCUCCGAUGCCGGCGACCGCACCACCCCUGCCUUUGUCCACUUCCCCAUCGGCCAGGACCCAGUUGUCGGAUCGUCCGCAAAGGCCGCCGCGCUCCGCUUCCCCGCGCACGUCGUCACCGGUCCCAAGCACAUUGCCGGUCUGCCCGUCGAGCACGAGUCGGUCAAGAAGCACUCGAGCCGCUCCAACGUCAAGAUUGUCGAGCGUGAUGGCGAGGCAUACUAUGAGAUUGACUUGGACGGCAAGAUUGAGCACCACUCGCCGCGAGAUGUCAGCACCCGCGUCUACCGCAAGAUGCGCGAGAUUGCAGACGCCUUCCUCGGCAACCAAGUCCAGCACGCCGUUAUCACCGUCCCGAUCGAGUUCGACGAGGCUCGUCGUGCCACUGUUAAGGAUGCCGCCACCAAGGCCGGCAUCACCGUCCAGCGCGUGAUUAGCGAGCCCGUUGCUGCUGCCAUUGCCUACGGCUUUGACGUUGAGCGCACCGCCAACAAGACUCUUGCUGUUUUUGAUUUCGGCGCUCAUUCGCUCGACAUCACCGUCCUCAAGGUUGUCGGUGGCCUCUUCCAAGUUGCUCACCACACUCGCACCGAUGCCAUCAGCGGUGCUGCCCUCGACGAAGUGCUGGUCAAGCAUUUCGCUGCCGAGUUCGCCAAGAAGAACAAGGUCGACAUCACCGAGAGCCGAAAGUCGGUCGCCAAGCUGCGUGCCGCUGUUGAGCCCGUCAAGCACACUCUUAGCUCCAGCUCGACUGCCAUCUGCUCGGUCGAAUCCUUGUACGAAGGCAUGGAUCUUAACGGCAACGUCAACCGCGGCCGCUUUGAAAUUAUCAGCGGUCCCCUGCUCAAGCAGGCCGUCGAGACUCUCCAGAACGCCCUGACCGCCGCUGGUCUUGAGCCCAAGGACGUCGACGAGGUUAUUCUGGCCGGCGGCUGCUCCCGCAUCCCCAAGCUCCAGCGCCUGAUUGCCGAGCUUUUCGAGGGCAAGGAGCCCCUGUCCUCGAUCUUGCCCGAGGAAGUCUUUGCCGUCGGUGCGGCCGUUCAAUCUGCCCUCCUCUUCCACCCCGAGGAGGCUGCCGAGAACGAGAAGCAAACCUCUGCCAAGGCCACCACAUCGGCGAUCGGUGUCGCGACCCCUGGCGCCGGCUACUUCCAACUGAUUGCUGCUGGCACCCCUCUGCCCGUGCGAUUCACCACCGUUCUUUCGACUAGCGACGAUAACCAGACCAGCGUGAGCCUCAAGCUCGUCGAGCGACCGGCCAAGGCCGAGAACGCCGACCAGGACCGCCAGCUCGCCUCGGUUGUCUUGCGCGACGUCCCCGCCGGCCCCAAGGGCCAGGCUCGCAUUGAGCUGACUGUUGAUGUCGAUGCCGCUCAAGGCGACGUUCGUGCCUCGCUUACCCUCGUCAGCGACCGUAGCAAGACUUCCACUGUCUCCGUCUUGCAGUCGGCCAAGUAAACGAUGCCCCAAGAACAUGACCUGGAGUCGAUUCUUCUUACUUGAUUGAUAACAACCCGCAAACAGCUGGGUCGUCAACCGCAACCUAUUGUUUUGUUUGUUUGGACAAAGUUUUGGUGAUGAUGUGGCGUUUGGACGAUUCUUUUUCAACUCUUUUCUUUUUUUUUUUGCAUUUCUCUGUUUCUGUCCUCAUGAUUCUCAAUGUCAGCUAAAUUUUCGAAUGUCUUUUUUGUUUUGUCUUGUCACUUUUACAACAGCAUAUCAAACCUUUUCACUUCAA